AUGAAUUUACAGUACGAAAGAUUUUCAACUCAAAAUUAUAAGGAUAAUUUUGAUGAAUUUGUUUACAAGAUUACUAGAAAUCAAUAAAUUUUGGUGUUUAUGUUAAUGAUUCUUUUUGCUUUAAUAAGAGUGAUCUCAACACUAACAUAAGGAAAAUCUUAUUAUGUUCUUUAUGGAGGAGGGUUUUUAAUCUAUACAAUCAUACUUUUUGUAAUUUCUUAUAAAGGGAAACUAUGGAUUAAGAAAUAUGGAAAUCUGUUAACUUUAUGCGUCCUAAGUUUUAUGUAAUUUUUGGCAUAUUAAACUAAUAAUGUUGAAGAAUUUUAUUAAAAUUCACAAUUGAAUAUUAUAUAUUCUAUGAUUAUUUUUAGCAUGUUAGAUAUAAAAGGAGCUUAUUUUCAGAUUAUAGUUUUCAUUGGUUUGAAAAUUUGGUUUCAAACUUAAUAGAAUAGCAAUUUCAAUACAUUUACAGUAAUAUUUGAAAUAUUAGAAGGAAUCUCUGUUGGAAUUUAUGUUUUUUACUAACAACAGGGAUAUAAAAUUAGAUUUUCUUAAGAAUGUUUUUAGAAAUAAUUAUGUAAUAUAAUAUAUAAUUUAGUUCGGUUUUUGCCAGAUUUAAUAUAAAAUUAAUUUAUAAUGUUUAAUUUGGAUAGGCAGAGCUCAAGUUUUAAUUUAAGAUUUUAUAAUGAUAUUACUUCUAUUGAAUGGGAUUAAUCAAAUGCACCAACAACUAAUCUAAGAUCUUUUCUUAGAAAUUGUUUUUUUCAAGAUUAAUCACUGGAAUAAUUUAUUUUAUCAAGAAAUAAUCUUUACGAUAAUAAUAAUCAUUAUUUUACUCAAAAUUUAAUUCUUUAAUAUUCAGAUCAAAAGUAAACUACAUUAAAUUUAAAUUAUACAGAAUGUUUUCUAGGGGAACAAUAUUAUUUAAUCACUUUUAAUGAUAAAAAAUAUGACUAUUUAGCAGAUAUAAAUAGUUCAUUGAUAUCAUGUAUUAAUAGAAAUCAAUAACUUACUAUUAGUUUCUUAAAAAAAUAAUUGCAUCAAAUUUCAUAAGUUAUGAUUUCUAAAAAUUAAUUAUAAUUAUUAGCUAAAUUGAAAAUACAUUGUAUGUAUUUUCUUGGCUAAUUUUUGUAAAUUAAUAGUUUUUCCUCCAUAGAUCAAAAUAUAAAGGACAUUAAUCUUACAAAGCUAUUAUAAUUAUUGGUUAGCCUUUAUUGUAAUGCUUAUAAACCUAUUCAAAUUGAAUUAUUAUCAGAUGAAUAUAAUGAUUUCUUCAUUAAGAGUAAUGAAGAAUUGAUUUAAACAUUCUUUUAAAUUAUAUGUUAAUUAUUGAUUCGAUUAAAAGCUAAUGAAUUAAAAAAUUAAUUGAUUUUUGGAUAAGAUUAAAAUAAUACAAAAUUAUUUUACUUUAUAGUAAGAACAGAAUGUUAUGAAGAGUUUAAAAGAUAACUUUAAAAUAAUCCAUUCUUUUAGAAAAUUUAAAGGAGAUUAUGUCCAAAUCUCGAUAUUUUGACAUAAAAUUAAUGUAAAUUGAAAUUAAUAAUUUUGUAGCUUUGAAAUUUUGUCUCUACAAAAAUUAUCAAUCUUUAGAAGAAAUCAGAGAAUUAGAAGAUGAGAUUAUUUGA